UACGCGCGUAACGUCUCUAGAGAUACGAUUACAAGCGGAACUUGAGCGCCGGGCCAAUAACCGGUCGUUCGUUGCUGUCCGUGUGCAAUAUAUUUGACAUGCAACAGUUGUACGGUUACAGUUUAUUUCGCGCUGCUGCAUGAAGCAUACCUAAAUUAUUCAAUUGCUAGACGCUAAAUUUCUAAACGCAGUCGCGUUAAUAUAAUUAAUUAAAGUGUGCAAAAUAAAUAAGUUUGUAAAUUCGUCAGCAGCGUCAGAAAAGUCGCAAUAGCACAUCAAGAUUCCGACGUGGGUUUUAGUAGCUCGUGGAAAAGAUGCACGCACACACGACCGAGGUAAAUAAUAAAAGUGUCAAUGAUGCCCAGGCCGAGGAGUAUUUGGACAACCUUUUAAAAAACGGCAGCCAAGAGGGCGAUAGUGGAGCCGAGUUGGAACUACCGUCAUGGUACGAUGAGCAGCUAUUCAAACGAGGACAGAAAUAUUUUAGCAAGUAUCGCUUCGUUAUGACCUCCGGCAUGUUGGCUGGCUUGAUAGCAGUUCUAGCCAUACCAUCGAUUCUGCGUGUGUUGAUUUGUACCCGCCAAUCUUCAAACUGUCUUACGGCUUAUCGCCGUUAUGUGCGCACCAUUCUACACACUCAGGCCUGGUAUUUCCAUCCAAUCGAGGAUAGAAGUAGUAAAUUCUGGACCAGUAUUGCAGCUGUUAGAAAGGCUCACUCCCGCUCCAGUAAGAUGAGCACACGUUGUGGAGCCGGUCAGAUAACCCAAAAAGAUUUAGCCAUAACUCAAUUUGGGUUCAUUGGCUUUAUAACGGUAGGAGCACAUCGAAUACAGCUAUACGAUGAGGAUUUUCUGGAGGCAACAUCCCAUAUGUGGCGAGUAUUGGGCUAUUUACUCGGAAUCAAGGAUGAGUACAAUGUAUGCGGUAAGAACUGGGCGGAAUCCAAGCAGCGCUUGGAAAUCGUAAUGCGGAAAGUAUUCAGACCGGCCUUGUCAGACACGAAUAAUGAUUUUUAUCGCAUGACUGAAGCACUGAUUCAUGGACUUUGGCACAUUAAUACAAUGUUUUCAGUUAAUGCCAACAUUUAUUUUACGAAACGAUUGGCUUACGUAAAGGGAUACGAGUAUUAUAGCUUUGAUUAUCUUCCAGGAGAAAAAUUUGAUCCACUGCAAAAGUCAUACUAUAACGAUCUAAAUUUAUGGGAUCGUUUCAUCGUAAAUUACGGUCUAUUCAUUGUUACGUAUUUACACAAAUACAGCUUGAUUCGUUGGUACUUUAAUUUUCGGGUUUUGCUGGUGGAUUUUUUUAUGUACUACUUGCCAUGCUUUGCCAUUUGGAACUUUGGCAUCAAAACGGCCUAUGUGCGCAUUUUUAAGUCAGGAGGUCAGGCACAGGAGAUUCAAUUAAAUUUGAAAGAAGAGUAGUUAAUGAUAACAAUGCUGUGAAUUGUAUGUGAAAGCAAUUUAUUGGUAAAAUGUGGUAUGUUUAAAAUUAUGCGAUAAUGCCUCCAUUUGCCCUUAUUAUUAUUUUCAGCGUGCCUAUUGCCCACAGUUAUAAACACGGCAACAUCAAUUAAAUCUUAAAGAAAACUAGUUAAGUAUAUUAACAUAAGUGUUUGUAUGUUUUAUUUCAACGUAAUUUAUAUUUACGAAAUGGAUUGCAAAUGUAAUUUUAAGCAAUAUUAUAAUAUCAAAGGUGUUAAUGUGUUGCAUUUUAAACUAAUAUGUAAGAGUAAUAAUUGAGUAAAGAGAAUGUGCAAUAUACAAAA